AUGUUACGAGCUCAGAUAACUCGGGACGAAAACGUGCGCGAGGUAGACGACGAUGCUGCUGUCAGCGUGCUGGCAUUGCCUUCAAAAGAGCACGAAGAAGAGGAUGCGCAUGAUCUGCUGCUACUGCGUCAAACAAACGACGAAUUUCUCUGGUUAUUGCUGCUAGCAGCUGUGUCUGAGUGCGUAACCACGUGCUACCUGCCGGGAUACACUCUUCACCGGUUCCAGCUGAACGUCGGGGGCAUGCUAUUGAACUGGAUUGGACCUUACCUGGACGGGUUAUCCUAUGGGUACGAAGACCGGAUGAAAGGCACCGAGAUUUCGCUCGUCUGUACGCAAUUUCGCUCGGCGUUUUUAGGCGUCUUUACGUCGUACUCAUUCAUGGUAGACCAUGCAGGGGAUUUGAGCAGCGAAACCGUUGCAGCUGGACCGCUGUACAUCUGUGCUUCAUUAGGUGGAGGCUGUGGGUGUUUCUACUUGGGUAAAUUGACCGUAGUAGCUGCGUGGAAGCAUCCGAUACUGGCUUCGGUGACCCGAGUAGCUGGUGCGAUGCUAAACAGAUCAUCGUUGAUGACGAGUCUAGUCGCUUUGGUUGGAGUGACGACUUUGCGAGCCGCGCUGGGACCGCAUGGAUUCGUUCGUGAUCCGAAAGACCCGCAGUUUAUUGGGUCACUGCAUGUAGCAGACGGUGAAGAGUUGGUGCUUGGGAUCUUGAUGUCGUGUAGUGCGAUUUUGCUGUCGAACUACGUCUGCGGGUUUUUUCCCCAACAGCCCGUGCAGUUGCAAGUUGCGACAUCCCGAAACGGUGGACCGUUCAUCGAUUGGGGUUGUCUUUGCUGCAACUUGUUGGCGUCAUUCCUGGCAGGAUUUACGUACCAGCUUAGCCGGAACUCGCCGAUAGGCGUGACGAACAACCUUCUCGCACUCAAGUUCGUAAGCUCCUUUUGCGGAUCGCUGUCAGUCUUUUCAGCAGCAGUCAGCAUCAUUUCGCGACUGUGGCUCGCUGGAAAUCGACAUUCUGCACUUUGGAAUUUCGCGCUGCAGGUGCUUCUAGGUCUAAUAUGCAUGCCCUACCUUUACAAGCGCGACGCUUUGUAA